GAGGGAGGUUUCGGAGCUCAAUGCCGAGCAGCGUUACUUGACGUCAGUGCGCCGCUGUCAGAAAAAGCUGGAGACCCGCCCAGGGAACCAGGCAGCGUCUUCCUUCGCGUGUGGGUGGCAGCGGAGAUCAGGAUUACUGUUGUGGACGUAGGGACGGGAGAGUGGACAGAACGUAUGUGACGUACGAAAGACAUUGUGGAACGGAAGCGGAGUAGCCGUCACCGGGGCCUAGCAAGUCUCUUUUUACCGGGGAUCGCACCGUGUGCGGGUUACCGUGUUUGGGAAUAGGUGACUCCCUGCUAAACGCGGCCCCUGCUGCACGGGGUAGCCAUGGACGAGCAGGCGGGGCCCGGUGUCUUUUUCAACAAUAAUAACAACUCGUUGCUUUCUGCCGCUGCCGGGACAGGUGCGGGAGCUGGAAAAGGGUUUGAGGCCGCGACUGGAGAAGCAUCCUCAGCUGCCGGUGGUGGCGGAGGCACUGGGACAGCCGGGAGGGCCCAGUACAGCAUUCCCGGAAUCCUGCACUUCCUACAGCAUGAGUGGGCCCGUUUCGAGGUGGAGAGAGCGCAAUGGGAGGUUGAGAGAGCUGAGCUGCAGGCUCAGAUAGCGUUCCUGCAAGGAGAGAGAAAAGGACAAGAGAAUUUAAAAAAGGAUCUUGUUAGAAGAAUAAAGAUGUUAGAAUAUGCUUUAAAACAGGAAAGGGCAAAAUUUCACAAGCUCAAAUAUGGGACUGAAUUGAAUCUGGGUGAUAUGAAGCCGCCAAAUUAUGAUUCUGAUGAAGCAAACGAAACAGAGAUACAGCCACCACAGAACAGUCAGUUUAUAUGGAAACAAAGUCGGCAGUUGCUAAGACAGUAUCUUCAAGAGGUAGGCUACACAGAUACCAUAUUAGAGGUGAAGUCUAAACGGGUACGUGCGUUGUUAGGCCUUUCUGCUGAUUCGUCAGACAGACUCACAGAUACGAAUCAGGACUCCAUGGUAAACGGCACAGAGACUGAGCUUCCCAAUCCGCUGAAUAUCGGGAAACCAGAUAUGACAGACUCCGCCUCUGUGAUUGCAUCAUUUAAUUUCCUGGAAAAAGCUGCAGCAGAAUUUAGUGAUGAAGAGGAUGAUGAUGAAAAUGAUGACAGAGACAAAACAAUAGAUACAUCUACGAUUGUACGACGGAGAAUUGUGCCUGAUCCCAUUGAAGACAGAGACACAGUAGAGGCAUUGAAGGACUUUGAUUUUUUGGGAUCAGAUGAUAGUGAUGGAGGGGAAUCUCGAAGUGCUGGUGAUGGCACUGAGUGGGAAAAGGACGACCAGUGUCCCAUACCGGAAUCCUGGAAUGUGGAUCAGGGAGUAAUUACCAAACUCAAGGAGCAAUACAAAAAGGAGCGCAAGGGGAAAAAAGGGGUGAAGAGGCCAAACAGAUCAAAGCUCCAAGAUAUGUUGGCAAACCUUAGAGAUGUUGAUGAGCUGCCGUCAUUACAACCUUCUGUGGUGUCCUCUUCAAGGCCUGCAAAUUCACGCCUUAGUGAACAAGAAAUAAACCGGACAGAUGAAGUUGAAGCUUUAACUUUUCCUCCAUCAUCUGGAAAAUCCUUUAUUAUGGGAGCAGAUGACACUUUAGAAAAUGAGCUUGGUCUUGGAGAGUUGGCGGGGCUUACUGUUGCCAACGAAGCUGAUUCCUUAACAUAUGAUAUUGCAAAUAAUAAGGAUGCAUUAAGAAAAACAUGGAACCCCAAAUUUACAUUGAGGAGUCACUUUGAUGGAAUACGAGGCCUCACUUUUCACCCAUUAGAACCAGUCCUUAUAACUGCAUCAGAGGAUCAUACUCUAAAAAUGUGGAACCUCCAAAAGACUGCCCCUGCUAAAAAGAGUACCUCUCUUGAUGUUGAGCCAAUUUAUACCUUCAGAGCACACAGGGGUCCAGCUUUGUGUGUUGUAAUGAGUACAAAUGGAGAGCAGUGUUACAGUGGAGGGACUGAUGGCCUCAUACAGAGCUGGAAUACACCAAACCCAAAUGUGGAUCCCUAUGACUCUUAUGAACCUACUGUGCUGAGAGGAGCAUUUGAAGGCCACACUGAUGCUGUGUGGGGUUUGGUGUAUAGUGCGGCUCAUCAGCGUCUAUUGUCUGCCUCAGCAGAUGGUACAAUAAGAGUAUGGAAUGCAGCUGAAGCCUUACCAGCAUUAAGCAUAUUUAAUGAGGAUCUAGAACUAGGGAUUCCUUCUUCUGUGGAUCUUGUUAGUAGUGAUCCGGCUCUUAUUGUGGCAUCCUUUAACAGUGGACAUACAAGCAUCUUUAACAUGGAAACUCGUCAAAAAGUUCUAACAUUAGAGUCAUGCAUAGACACUGCUGUUAAUUCCACUUGUCAGAUAAACAGAGUCAUCAGUCAUCCGACUCUGCCAAUCAGUAUUACUGCUCAUGAAGACCGUCACAUCAAAUUUUUUGACAAUAACACAGGAAAGUUAAUCCAUUCGAUGGUAGCCCACUUAGAUGCUGUAACAAGUUUAGCAGUUGAUCCAAACGGAUUAUACUUAAUGUCUGGCAGUCAUGACUGUUCGAUACGUUUAUGGAACUUAGAAAGCAAGACCUGCAUACAGGAAUUCACAGCUCACCGCAAGAAGUUUGACGAGUCUAUACACGAUGUGGCAUUUCAUCCAUCUAAAUGCUACAUUGCCAGUGCAGGAGCUGAUGCCCUUGCCAAAGUUUUUGUAUGACACAAUGCUUUCCUGUAGCUUUUCAUUUAUUCAACCAGCCACUUAAAAAGAGACAUGUUACUAACUUUGAAGAAUUGACUAAUCUGCCUUUUUAUUUUUCACCUUGAGUUUGAUAAUUAGGAUGAUACACACAUCUUGUUGGUUUAGCUUUGCUGGAUGCUGUAUUCUAAACUAAUGGUUUGUUCAGGGUGCUGUGAACUCAGCUGGUGCUUAGAGCCUGAAUGAUAUCGUUCAAAUGCCCUCUGAACUACAGUAGCAGAAUUUUAUUUUUAAGAGUGUACAUUUGACCAGGCAGGCCUGGAUCAAACUAGGUUCCAGCAUAUUUAAGUUUGUGGGUAGAGGGACUAAAAAAAGUUGGCCAGUGCUAUGGCAAAUAUUUGCAAGAGUGUUGGGAUUUUGUUCCUUUUGCCUCCCAUUAAAAGUGCUAUAAAAUAUAUUUGGUAAAUAACCUGGACCUCUUUUUUUUUUGCUCAGAUAUGAUUGUUCCUGAAAUGAAAUCUGGCAAUUGUGAUAUUAUGUUCUGUGCUUUUAACAUCAAGUGACUUCAGUAGGAAAAAAAAAUAAUCUUUUUUUAGAAGUGUUUAACGUACAUUACUAUCUUCAAGGAUGAUAAUUAAUAUUUGGUAAAUAUCAAGUUUAGGAAGUCAAUUUUUGUUGAAUUUUUAAAAAUACAGUGAAUACUGCAUGGUCAGUUUUAAACAUAGUAAAUACAUGCUGCUGCCAUAAAAAAGGGAUUUCUUUGAACUUGUUGCUUAUUUUUGAUUGUGCACUGUUUUCAUAAUUUUCACUUACAUAAUCUUCAUUACAUUUGUUAAUUUAGCAGAUGCAUUAAUAUGGAUCCCACUAUUUACUAAUUUAAGAAAAGCACCUUCAGCAGGGUGCAUAGGCUAGCCUGUCUAAAACCAGUUGUGUACCAUUUUGCUUCAUAUGAUCAAUUGCAAAAAGCAACAAUAUCCUAUGUGGACUUUAGUGUUUUCAUAUGAAACACGUACUCAUUGUUUAAUGGAAAAAUAAUCAGUAACAUUGUGGUUGACUACUGACUAUGAACCAAAAUUACCAAGGUAUUCAAAUUGUUUUCUCCAAAAAUACUUUGAACAAGAUUUCUUAUUUUAUGUGAUUUUCUUUAUUUUAUUAUAGCUAAUUUAACAAUUAUUCCCUGUCUUAAUAGUACUAUAAUUAGAAGCUGCCUUUCUAAAAGAAUUCUGAUAAAAAAUACAUGAUCAUGAGGAAGCAGUUGGGUCUGUAACAUGCUGUUAAAUGUAUGUUAGUUUUUUUUUUUAAUGGCACGUUUCCUAUGCACAUCUUUCUUUUUAAUUUCUCCAAUAUUUAUUUAAACUAAAAAUAAAGGAAACAAAUCACAAUUGAGCCUUCCCAGUAACCAAAAAUAAAAGAAAAUGCUAUCCUUAGUUAUAUGCUUCUUAGUAACAUGACAGUAUUCCCCAAUACUGAUUCCACUGGACGUUUAUGGAUUUAUUAAAAUUCCCCCCCAAAAAGCAUCUGUUCUUACAUAUGGAUUGUAUUAUUUUAAGGAAUUAAAUGCAUUUUUUUAUUAAAUAAAACAUAAACCUAUAUAGUUGCUGCUUAUGCAACAUAUCAAUUUUUUUGUUGCAAAAGCAUGCUCAUAUAUCAGGCAGUAUCUUAUCAUAAGUUGUAAAUUGAUAUUUGUGCUGGUGAACGAAAUGCAACUAAUAUUUAAGAAAAUUGAAAAGAUAAUGCCACUAAAUAAACAUAAAUGAUUAGUUUUAUAAUGUUUCCACUUUGUUAAAGGACAGAAGUACAGUAUGCAGCUUUUUACUUAGAUAUUGAAAUUGUGGAUUAUUUGUGUAUUUGACCUUUUGGGUUUUUUAGACUAAUUACAAAGAUUUAUUUGGAAAUUCUAAAAACUAUGUAUAUUAUAUAUAAAUAUAUAUAUAUAUUGUAAACAUAUAUUAAAUGUCUAGUAUGGGAUGACUCCAGGGGUGCAUUUUAAUAUUUUGUAUUGAGUGAUAAAUGUACACAAAAAGAUAAUGGUAUGGGUAUGACAUGAGUAUUUUGCUGUUACAUACUAUAUAUAUAUAUAAUUAUUACAAUUGUUUAAUUUGCUGUACAUACAUCUUCAGAUGGCAUGCUUGUUUUAAUGACUGUAAUAUAUAGUUGAUUAAAACCUGAAUGUACUUAAAACAACUGGCUACUCUAAACUCUACCAUUUCAAAACACUGUCUUUUGUAGAUAAUUCUGGUUAUGGUGUAAGAAGAUAAAAGGUGCCUUUUUAUUAUUAUUUAAAAAAAAAAAAGCAAGAAAAAGGAGAAAAAACUCUGAAAAGAUUAUUUGCAAUUUGUAAAAUGAUUAGUUUUUUUUUUCAAUUUUAUUUAGUUUAUUUUUAUUAAGAGUUAUAAAGUACAGAAUAUUUAACAAAAUAUUAGCACCCCUGAAAGAUAUGGAAAAAGGUUUUUAUUUGAGAAAAAUGUGUGUGUGUGCAAUUUAUUUUUAUGUUAGUAAUGUCCAUCUGGAAAUGAAAUGCCCUAUUCCUUUAUCUUGUAAUGUAAUACAACAAAUUAUAUUAAUAUGUGAAAAAUUAAAACUAUUUGGAGUA